AUGGCCUUGGUGAACAGCCUCUAUAGUCAAGCCGCCAAAGGCGCCUUGUGUAAGGCCUUUGGUGUCCGCUUGGUGGCCAAUCCUAGUGUGGUUCAAUUAGCCAAAAACAGUGGUUUUGACGCGUUAUUUAUCGAUCUCGAACAUUCAACCUUAUCGAUCAAUGACGCGAGUUUGCUAUGUAUGGCAGGUUUACAAAUCGGAAUAACACCAUUUGUUCGCGUACCACAUCAAUGUGGAAAUGGGUUUGUCCAGCGAGUCAUGGAUGGGGGCGCCAUGGGAGCAGCCGUGACUAUCUCGAAAUACCCACCGUUUGGAUGUCGAUCCAUGACAGGCCAGCUGCCAAUCUUCGAACUACGAUCGACUCUAGCCAAUACCAUCAUCGAUGAAACUAACGCCCAUGGCUCCUCUGUGCUUUUAAUGAUUGAGACCAGGGAUAGUGUGGAUAAAGUGGAAGAGAUCGCAGCCGUGGAUGGUGUUGAUGUGCUCCUGAUCGGUUCAAAUGACUUGGCAAUUGAGCUUGGGGUGCCUGGUCAGUUCGAAAGCUCCGAGUUUCGCAACGCACUGGAAAAGGUCAGCCAGGCUUGCCAGAAGAACAACAAAAUAUUUGGUCUCGCCGGUAUCUACGACGCCCCCAAGAUUCAAAGCUGGGCCCUAAACACCUUGGGGGCUCGGUUUAUUCUUGGACAACAGGAUUCUGGCCUGCUUGCGACAGGAGGAAAGAGAUGUGCUGAAGCUAUUUCCGAGGUUUUGAAGUAG